CUCACAAAACGCGGCGAGCGGAACCCUCACGCGGAAGCGCCCGUCGCACUGAGCAUGCCCAGUGGCACAGUCGAACAGAGGAGUUUUUUUUCUUUUUCUUUUCUUUCUUCUUUUUUCUCUCUUUCUUCUUUUUCUUUUUUCUGGGUCUCCAGCAGGAGGCCUGUCCCCCACCCUCAGUUCAGACCCCCGCCGUCCCCCAGCCUGAGCAGCUAACCAUGGCCGAGGUGUCCGGCGCCGCGUUGUCCCAGGCGGGUUGGUAUCUUUCAGAUGAAGGCAUUGAAGCUUGUACAAGCUCUCCUGGGAAAGUCAAUAUAAAUGACAUCAUCCUGAUUGCUCUCAAUACAGAUUUGAGAACAAUUGGCAAGAAGUUCCUUCCCAGUGACAUCAACGGUGGAAAGGUAGAAAAGCUUGAAGGUCCAUGUGUUUUACAAAUUCAGAAGGUCCGCAAUGUUGCUGCACCAAAGGAUAACGAGGAAUCACAAGCUGCGCCAAGGAUGCUUCGUGUGCAGAUGACUGAUGGGCACACAAGUUGUACGGCAGUAGAAUUCAGUUAUAUUUCAAAAAUAAGCCUGAACACACCUCCUGGCACAAAAGUGAAGCUCUCUGGCACUGUUGAUGUAAAGAAUGGAUUCCUGCUCUUAAGUGACGCUAACACCACAGUUCUCGGGGGUGAGGUGGAGCACUUAAUUGACAAGUGGGCUCUACAGAGAAGCUUAUUAAAACAUAAUAGAAGCAAUAUUGGAGCUGAAGGUGGCCCACCUCCCUUUUUACCUUUUGGACAGAAGUGUGCAUCUAACGUCCAAGUGGAUAGCAGAGAACUUGACCGAAGAAAGACAUUACAAGUUUCACUGCCUGCCAAACCUACAAAUGAUAAUGAUGAAUUUGAGAAGCAAAGGACUGCUGCCAUUGCAGAGGUUGCAAAGAGCAAAGAAACCAAGACAUUUGGAGGAGGUGGAGGUGGUGCCAGAAGUAAUCUCAAUAUUGGUGCUGCCAGUCACCGAAAUAGGGAGGUUUUACAGAAGGAAAAGGCUUCCAAAUCAGAGAGCAAAAAUGAAGGUGUCUAUAGAGAGCUGGUUGAUGAGAAAGCCCUGAAACACAUAACCGAGAUGGGCUUCAGUAAGGAGGCAUCGAGGCAAGCGCUGAUGGAUAAUGCCAACAACUUAGAAGCAGCGUUGAAUGUACUUCUAAACAGCAGUAAACAGAAACCUGUUGUGGGGCCUCCUCCUAGAGGUAGAGGGAAAGGCAGGGGUCGAGUACGAUCAGAAGAUGAAGAAGACCUAGGCAACGCAAGGCCGUCAGCACCAAGCACAUUAUUUGAUUUCUUGGAGUCUAAAAUGGGAACUCUGAAUGUGGAAGAACCUAAGUCACAGCCACAGCACCUUCAUCAAGGACAGCACAGAGUAUUGAAUACUGAGCAAAAUGGGAUAAAGGAUGGCAAUCAAUCAAGACAUCUUCCUCGAAAUGAUACCAGGCAGCCGAGAAAUGAGAAACCUCCUCGCUUUCAAAGAGAUACCCCCAAUUCAAAGUCAGCCUUAGAAAACAGCGUAUUAUCUAGAAAUAGAGGCUCCGAAAGACCAAGUAGUUCUUCGGGUUCUGAUAUGUGGGCAGAAGAGAGAAUCAAGUGUGAUAGGCCAUAUUCUAGAUAUGACAGAACUAAAGACGCUUCAUAUCCUUUAGGUUUUCAGCAUAACGAUGGCGCUUUUAAAAAGAGAGAUAACUCUAUGCAAAACAGAUCAGGAAGAGGCCCUUUGUAUGCAGAGGCAAAAGAAAACCCACUUCCUCCAGAAUUGGCAGAUUAUAAUAACCAAAAACGUGGGAAAAGAGAAAACCAAACAGGUAAUCCUGAUCAUUUUUAUGACAGGAAAUCACGGACAAUGAAUAGUGAAGCUUUUAGUGGUCUAAAAAUUGAAAAACAUUUUAGUGUAAAUACUGAUUACCAGAAUCCUGUCCAAAGUAAUAGUUUUGUUGGUGUUCCAAAUGGAGAAACAGAUAUGCCUCUGAAAGGAAGACGAGUAGGACCAAUUAAGCCAGCAGGACCUGUCACAGCUGUGCCCUAUGAUGAUAAAAUAUUUUAUAAUAGUGGGCCCAAAAGAAGAUCUGGGCCAAUUAAGCCUGAAAAGGUGAUAGAAUCAUCCAUUCCUGUGGAGUAUGCAAAAAUGUGGAAACCUGGAGAUGAAUGUUUUGCACUUUAUUGGGAAGACAACAAGUUUUACCGAGCAGAAGUUGAAGCCCUGCAUUCUUCGGGUAUGACAGCGGUCGUUAGGUUCACGGACUACGGAAACUAUGAAGAGGUGCUACUAAGCAAUAUCAAGCCUGUUCAGACAGAGGCAUGGGUACAACAGAAUCAUACCCCUCUGCCAGGAGCCCUCAUCCCUCACUUUGGAGCCCUGCCAUUGUUUUUUCAUGAGCUGCUUUCAGAUUUGGUGUUUUAAGAUUUUAUGAAAUGUCUUUAUUGGUGUCCUCAUCAUCCUCCAAUAUAAAUAAAGCAAGAACACAAAACUCAAUUGCAGCAUUCAGAUUCAGAGGCAUGGAUAUUUGUUCCUUUUCUAUUCAAGAAAAGCUGUCAUUUUGUAAGGUAAUUUAUCAUUGUACCUUAUAGUGUGAUAUCACUGUUGGUUCCUUGGUUUAAUUAAGAGGGCAUCUCUUUCAGCUUCAUUAUUCUAAAGUUUCAAAGAUUUUCUCUAAAAGACUGAGACACCACCAUUAUCUAAACUAUAGUUUUCCUUUCUUGGGAAAACUUGAUUUCACAUGGCUUUACUCUUCUUGGUCUCAUGUGACGGCCAUUUUCAUUCUCCCCAUUUUCUGUUAAUACUUUCUAUCUCAAUUUGAAUGGUAAAGUUUAUUAUUUAGUCACUCUGUAAUUCUAGAUGUUGAAUUACGGCUGGCUAUUUUUACAUGCUCCCAGUUGUUUUUAGUCAUAGCAUUCAGUGUCAAAGUGGAAGUCAUAUUUUUAGUAUGUAAAUUAUACUUGCUUUAUCUAGAGGCUUACCUGAUACAAGGUGAUCUCAUAGAGCCCAGGCUGUACUCAUCAUGUAGCCAAGGAUGACCUUCUGCCUCUACCUGUCACACCUGGGAUUACAGGUGUGCAUUCUCAUGCCAGCUUCCAAGUAGAGGCUUUAUGUAAUUUAGUUUUUAUGUUUUUAGAAAUCUUAGUGAGAAAUUGAUUUUACUCUGUUCUCCUAAAGGAAGUAUUUGGUUGUCUUCCUGUCUAUUUGCUCUUUCAGGGCAGUCAGACCUGAUGACGUUUGUUGUUCCACACCGACACCCCCUCAUUUAGAGGGGUGUGGUCCUGAAAUGCUGCAGUCAGUGCUGUCACUUUUCUGUCUUAACAGUUUUCACGGCACUUACCUUGAUUUUUAUUUGUGUAAACAUAGCUGAAUGAUGGCUUUAUCAGAUGUCAUAGCCAGUUUGCUGAUUGUGUUUGGGGCCACAAUAAACUCUGUUGAAUACUCA